GCGACACGCCGAAUAACCAGACAAACUUGUUCAACAGAAUGAGAGACCAGGGCGUGUUCAGGACACCAUACCCGCAGCACCUUGCGCAGCCAAAUACAACACCCAGCUCUCGACAGCCAACAGCAAGAACUGGGGGUAUACCGAGGUAUGCCCCGAGCCUUGGUGGUAUGAGCCCACGACCGCCGGUGUUCAGCCCGUACCCCCGCCGCUUUCAGCCUGUGGAGUACCCAACCUCUCUACGGCCACUCAGAUUAUACAAUGCGCAGACCCCAGUCCCACACAUGCAAAUGCCAAGGAGUCUGCGGCCAAUACUCCCGAUGAGCCCGAGAAUAGCACUUCCGGGUGCGUCCACAGUAAUAGAGCUGCGUGAGUGGUUUGUGUUCAUUGAUGUAUACAAGCACACGGUUUUGGUCGGCGGUCUGACAACAAAGGAAACCGGCGAGACCAUGAUCCGGUAUUCAUCAGACAUCAGAAGAGUUUUCAGCGCCCAGCGCGUUCUGUCGUCAAAAGGGAGAGAGUAUAGUCUAGCUGGGCCGAUUAGUGUCGAAGGCGCGAGAAGGCGUGGUCUCCCGGACGAGAUCAUCCAGGAAUUUGCCGAUGGGUUUCCAGUAAACUGGAGAAUUGUGGUUAGUGAUUACAUUCGGGUGCUGCUAGCGUCAGAACAAGGAUACUACGGCUAUGAUGCGCCAAUUGACGCUCGAUCUCCCAGUAAUGGAGCCGCACGACAGUUCUUUAUGGCUGACCAGUCGCUGUCGCCAUCCUCUGGUUCGCUUUCGUCAGAGUUCAGAAGAUUGAAUACGGAAAAGCCCACAGCACCGAUAAGGAGGGCUGCAGCGUUAUUAGACACCAACUGUUCGUCUCGGGCCAGCAGUGUUGUCAGCAACAUGCAUCACCAGAAUGCCGGUGUGGAAGAGCAGUCACUGAUGAGGACCAACGACGGGGAGGAGGCGGACACAGAGGGUAGUGAUGAUGAUCGUGGUAGCGGUGGUGUUGGCAGUGGUAGUACAAUGGUGGCCAGCCCUGAACCUGGUGUUCAAAGGGUGUCGACUCCGGUCCCACUCGAUCCACUGAAACUGGGCGCCAAUUCAGAUCCAGAUGCUGAUCCAGAUGCUGAACGUGGCGCAAAGGACGCCUCUGACGAUGAGAAUAACUUCUGGAUAUCUAUAAAUCCGCAGCAAGCCCCUGCAGCAAACAGUGACAGCGAUGCAGAAGACAACCAUGGACAUUUCAGCGACGAUUUUGUCAAGACACCCCCUAGAAGGCAGCAAGCAACCGCAGCCUUGCACCUUUCACAGACCAAGGCGGCUCGGCUCACUGAGAUUGGGGGCGACUCCGCGUGUGAAGAACCGCAUAUUCGCUCACCAACCACUAGAUCCAAAACAAGGACGCCAGUGCGGAGCUCUGCUCAGAGGAGAUCCAGACGCACACAAUCCACAAGCAAGCCAGCUACGCCUAGGGCCAAAAAGCAGCGGCUAGCUGAAGAAAUGGUUACUCCUCAGAAAAAUCCCUCUACCAAAUCACCGUCUGGACAACGAUCGGCGGAUUCCUCGGUCACUCGUUCGGGCAGAAGGGUACGCAAGCCUCAGGAAUGGUGGGCUAACGCACAAGACCAUUUGCAUGACGAUGCAGACGAUAAUACGCAUGAGAUCAAAUAUAAAUGGGGUACCGGAGUUCCCAUGAUAGUCAAGAAAGGAAAGCGGAUUCGGCUCAGUGACUAUUUUUUGAAUCAGCAGGAAGAUGACAGGGCUUCUUCAGAUUAGGCAUGUAAAUACUGAUUAUUCAUACUCUAGAUUUUAAAUCAUUUGACAGCAUGACCAGCUUGUAGAUGGCUCAGAUCUCGCAAUUCAUUCCCGUAUUUAGCUGCACUUGUUACUGCUAUGCUAUCUUUUGUGUACAGUUAUCGACACUGUCCUUUAUUUGUACCGUCGAGCAUAUCUCUUUUAUUAAAUAAGGUUUUGUAGUCCAAAUAGUCCUUGACAGUCUGCUAAAAUAGUUUCAGUUGGCUGAGAGGAUCCAGGCUCUUUUGAGCCUCACAAUGGUGAACCAAUGCAAAAACGUCCAUGCUGAGCAGGCUAUCAAGACAAGAGAUGUCCAAGAUCACCAUUUCACCAAAAACUAUCCCACACCUUCAAAUGAUCGGUUUGCCGUGAUGCUUCAUCGACGGGUCAAGCCAUGCUGACUAGCAGCCGAGCUCACAUUGCGAGCAAAGUGGUUC